AUGGAUGCGUGGCAUUUUGCUCGGCCAUUUGUCUUAACAACUGUUGUGGUAUUCGGGAUUUUCAAAUACUGGGAACUUAGCACUUUCAGCAUAACCAGCGAAGAACAGCCGCCUAGUCUUAAACCAGAUAAAAAAGCUUCAAACUAUAAUACCCAAAAGUCUGUUGAUAAGGACUUUAUUAAUAACAAUGAUAAGGGCAAUAUUCCAGUAGUUAAAUCUUACCCAUUAGCUAUUGACUUUACAACAACUGAAAAUCAAGUUUCCCAGGAAAGAAAAAUUAAAACAAAAAAGGCACCAAAGGUUUUUUCAGCGAAAAAAUCGAUUGCUGUAUCCCGAAAAUUAGGAAAAUUAAAUUCUGAACUUUCGCCACCAUCUCUAAAUAGUCCAGUUUACAUUUUUUAUUCUACUCUUACAGGAACUUCAGAAAAAAUUGCCAAUUUGGCCAUUGAAAAAAUUUCCUUGGUAUUAAGCAAUCCCCCGGUUCUCUUAAACAUUGAUUAUAUAGAUGAUCUUGAUAAGUAUUUUGUGUCUCCGACAAUUAAGGAUUUUCACUUUCCACCAAUUUAUCUAUUCAUCGUUCCUUCAUAUGAAACUGAAUCACCUUUAGAUUACUUUAUUGAAUCAUUAAAAGAAACAUAUAAUGAUUUCCGUGUGGACUCUCGAACCCUUUCUUUAAUAGCCGGAUUCUCAGUUUUUGGAAUAGGUGAUCAAGAAAGUUGGCCCGAAUCUUCAAAAUAUUGUUAUCAAGGAAAAAUAAUCGAUAAAUGGUUGAGUAAACUUGGCGCCCCGAGAUUGUUUCCUUUGGGAAUGGGGUGCGUUAAAACUAAUUUAGAUCAGGAAUUUGAUGUGUGGUUACAACAUUUGAUUUCAACGCUGAAAGAUGAGAUAGUACUUUCUGAACCUAAUAGUAUUGCGGACUCGGACUCUGAAUCCGAGUCUGAAUCUGAAGAUAUAGAAUCUUUAGAGUCUAGUUCUAACGCUACUCUUGUUGAUGUGGAAGAUAUAGGUCCAUCUAUUGAAGCCACAGCUAAUUCCAGAAGUCAAGAUUCUUCUUUAAUAAAGGAAAUGGUGGGGAAAAGCACACCGACAUUCAAUGCGUUGACAAAACAAGGAUAUACUGUUGUUGGGUCUCAUUCUGGUGUAAAAAUUUGUCGUUGGACAAAAUCAGCUUUACGUGGACGUGGAUCAUGCUAUAAAUAUUCCUUUUACGGUAUUAAGAGUCAUUUAUGCAUGGAAACUACACCUUCACUUGCUUGUUCAAGUAAGUGCGUUUUUUGUUGGAGGCAUGGAACAAAUCCUGUUGGUACUACUUGGCGCUGGCAGGUAGAUUCACCUGAGGUUAUUUUCAAAGGUGCACUCGAAGGUCAUUACAAAAAGAUAAAACAAAUGAAGGGAGUACCUGGAGUUGUUGCAUCUAGGUUUGCUGAGGCAUUUCAAGUUCGCCACUGUGCAUUAUCUUUAGUUGGAGAACCGAUAUUUUAUCCUUAUAUUAAUGAUUUUGUGGAUCUACUGCAUUCCCAGCGUAUCUCAUCUUUUUUGGUAUGCAAUGCACAACAUCCGGAUGAGCUCUCCCGAUUGAAAAGAGUCACUCAAUUAUACGUAUCCGUGGAUGCAUCUAAUGAAGAAAACUUGAAAAAGGUGGAUAGGCCUCUUCAUCGUGAUUUUUGGACCCGUUUCCUAAAAUGCCUUGAUAUUUUGCGUGAAAAGAAAGAGCAACGCACUGUUUUUCGUUUGACUCUUGUUUCGGGUUACAACAUGAGUGAUUAUGAUGAAUACGCGAAACUUAUUGCACGUGGUGAACCAUGCUUUGUAGAAAUCAAAGGCGCCACAUUUUGUGGAACGUCUAAAACCAGCUCUCUUACCAUGAAAAACAUUCCUUUUUAUCAGGAAGUUAAAGAUUUCGUGGAAAAUCUGAACGCUGCUCUGGGUCGCCUUGGAUUGGAGUAUGGAAUUGCAGCAGAACAUGCACAUUCCUGUUGCAUUCUUAUUGCACAAAAUAGGUUUAAGGUUGAUGGUGUUUGGCAUACGGUAAUUGAUUAUGAUAAAUUUUUUAAUUUGCUUGAAGCUGGAAAAGAUUUUGGCCCUAUGGAUUAUAUUGCACCUACUCAAAGUUGGGCUAUAUAUGGGUCAGAAGAAGGGGGAUUCAGUCCCAAUGAUCUUCGUUUUGUUAAGAAAAAAUAA